AGAAACAAUUCUCAUUUCCAGGAAUGGGACCCAGGACUUUCCAGUGACGCUUGUAACGAAGCAAGAGGUAUUGUAGCCUCUAAUGCACCUCACAAAUUCAUUGCAGAAAAGACGUUCGCGAGCGGUGGAUCAGUCCCAGUCAUGAUUGGAGAAACUCUAAUGGACGGGUUGCAAGAUCCGAACCCCGACAGAAAAGGUACGCAAUCUUCCUCCACACACCAAAUAUGGAUGCAACAGCUACUUCGAAGGGAACCUAGUAAAAGUCGUCUGUGUCUACAAGUGAUGAUGGAAUGA